AUGGCUCAAUGCGCUCCCACACAGACCUCUCAGGGAUAUCCUCAAUCUUCUGCCUUUGCUGCCUCGCAGUUCUCUACCAACGGAUCUAUGGUUUCGUCUAUCCCGAACAUGGCAGCAUCUCCAGUACAAACACCGCAUAGGACACCGUCACCUUCUUGGCCAUCCACUUCUCCUCCUUCUCCAACCAACGUGACCGAGGGAUCCUCGUCAUCGCAAGGUAUCAACACCAUUUUUCCACGCCGCAAGGCUGGCCAGCACACUAGAGUCAACAGCAAGCCUGUGGUGCUCAACGAGAAGACUUUGCAGGAGCUGUUCACGCUUCCAUUGCAUGAGGCAGCCGUGAAGCUUGGGAUCUCAGCUACAGCGAUGAAGUCGGCAUGCAGAAAGCUUGGAAUCAAGAAAUGGCCCUAUAGAACUGUUCAAAGCUCCAAGAACGCACAGAAAGGGUUCUCUAUUUCUUCAGUGUCUUCUUCUCCAUCUUCACCACAAGCAAAGAGUUCGUCUAAGAAAGAGGAAGGGACUGUUUUGUGCAAGGAUGCCGAGCUUGUUGCAGAGACGCUGGCGCUUCUGCACAAAGGAAGACAUUCAUCCACUGAAUCUCAGGUUUCUGACAACUCGGUUGCAAGAUUGCUGAACUGA